UGUCCUCGACUCCGCGUCAUGGCGCGUCUCCUCCCGGCGCUCUGGGCCCAGCCCUGGCGAGGGGCGCCCCUGCGCACGGUUUGGAGCCGAGCUGCUGGCUGCGGCCUCGGCUCGAGAGCCAGACACGGGGACGCAGGGUCUCUGACAAAGCCCGAGCGAGCUCUGUCCCAGAGUGAAUGGAGAAAGAAGCUAACUCCAGAGCAGUUCUAUGUCACAAGAGAAAAGGGAACCGAGCCGCCUUUCAGUGGAAGCUACUUGGAUAAUAAGGAACCAGGAAUGUAUCACUGCGUGUGCUGUGAUAGCCCACUCUUCAGCUCGGAGAAAAAGUACUGCUCCGGCUCAGGCUGGCCAUCCUUCUCCGAGGCUCACGGUGCCUCAGGCAGCGAUGAGACUCACACAGGCAUCCUGCGGCGGGUGGACACCUCCUUAGGCUUAGCCCGCACUGAGGUGGUAUGCAAGCAGUGUGAAGCCCACUUGGGCCACGUGUUCCCCGAUGGGCCCGGGCCUACCGGCCAGAGAUUCUGCAUCAACAGCGUGGCACUGCAGUUCAAGCCAAAAGCACACUGACUUUGCUUCGGGCCUUUCCAGGCCGGGCCUUCUGCCUCCAUUUUCCUAAUCAUGUCUGUAACUUGUUCUGUUCCCUAUUAAACAAGGCUGCAUUUGGUGCCAGCACCCAGCAA